AUGGUUAGGCAGGCAAAGGGCACCUGCCAUUGCUUCAGAUACGCUGACAUCACCAUGAAGGAGAGAAUUCAUGUCCUUCUGAAAGUCGGCCGGAACCGGAAAGUCGGUCACAAAGAAGCGUCGCAAUCCCCAUGUAUCAAACUGUCACUCUUCUUUCUUGGAGCGGAACAUUUUCUUCUCUUUGUUUUUUAUCACGAAACCUUCUCUGCCUACUGCAUCUCAAAGUCCAGAAGAGAAAGAGGGAGAGAGAGCGGUUCCACUCCGCCUAAAAGCCCACAAGGGCAACAUGAGAAAUCUCAUCUUCGCUGUGACCGUCUCCAUGCUUAUCUUCUUCACCCCUUGGACCUCACGUUCUCAGGCGACCUGGAUGUUGCCACCUGCCUAAAGGCGCACGGAGUGAGCAACUUCACGUCAAAUUUGCAGCUAUCCCGCGACGCUUCCCGGAUCGACCAUCUGUUUCGGUUCUCCGUCCAGAACCUCCGAUUCGCGGACCCCAGCUUCCUGAGACCGCGGGUUUUUCAUGUUGUCAGGGAAAGCACCGGCGGCGGGUUUGGCAUGUUGUCAAGGAAAUACGGCCUGGCAGCCGAUAAUGUUAUCGACGCCGUCUUCUUCGAUGCUACCGGCUGUAUUCUGGACCGAGACGGUAUGGGCAAGGAUGUCUUCUGGGCGAUACGCGGGGCUGGCGGCGGCAACUGGGGCGCGGUCGCAGCUUGGAAGCUUCAGAUCCGAGAGGUGUCACGAAAGGUGUCCGUGCUUGCCCUCUCUAGUUGCGGCACGAGACAGCAAGUGGCCGAGUUGGUUCACAACCGGCUGUUGAUCGGGCCAAAUUUACAGGACGAUUUCUACCUUUCUGCCGUCGGCGCCGGGCUGCUGAUGUGCCAGCACCCAAAAUCUCUGCGACGUUCAAGGGCAUGUAUCUUGGGCCCGCCGGAGGAGGCAUUGUCUUCUAUCAAGGCGAAGUUCCCGGAGCUCCGGCUUAGUGCAGCCGAGUGUAGAGAGAUGAGCAGGAUCUCCGUGUUUUUCUUCUCUGGGUUAAGGGAGGGAAUCACCGUAUCGGAUUUGGAAAACCGGUUCUUACAUGAAAAGAACUACUUCAAGGCCAAAUCAGACUACGUGAGGUGUUCGCUGCCCUUUACAGCGAUAAAGGAAGUUUUUCGAAUAUUGGAGGAACAGUCUCGAGGUUAUGCGAUACUGGAUCCUUGUGGCGGGGAGAUGGCUCGGAUCUCACCUGACUCGAUUCCUUUUCCACACCGAGACGGCAACCACUACAACAUCCAGUCGUGGCGUGAGGAGAAGAGGAUGCAUGGAAUGGUGAUACUUUAAAUGAAGUGGCUGAUAAAAUUUUAUGGACACACGACUCUAUAUGUGUCCACUGGGCCUAGGACAGCCUACAUAAACUAUGUGGAUCUUGAUUUGGGCAGACUGGAUUUGAAUGCAACGGCUAGCAAUGCACAAAGAGCAAGGGAAUGGGGUGAGAGAUACUUCGUGGGCAACUAUGAUAGGCUAGUGAGAGUGAAAAGGAAGUGUGACCCCACUAAUGUCUUUAGCAAUCCUCAAAGCAUACCUCCUCUGGCUGUUGUUGUCUAGAUUGGACAUAAUUGCUGAUUUAUAAAUAUUGAUGUUUUAGUUUUUGUAGAAUAUGUGAACUUUCUUUUAUAAGUAAUGCCAAGUGUCAAGUCCUGCAUAAUAGCUGACCUGUCACGAUUCCCCAAAAGGUUACAGUUAAAAGACAUGGUUACAUAUUUUUAAACUAAAGAGAGCACACAAAUGUUCUUAAAAGUAUGUAUCAUGCAGACAAAUGUUAUUAAAAGUAUGUAUCAUGCAGAAACAGAAGCAACUCAUGCAUACAAAACACACACACACACACACACACACACAGAGAGAGAGAGAGAGAGACUGAGCAGUUUAUCAACCUGCAGUUGGGAUACUUGCCACUAGUAGUAGGUUUAUAUACCAACGUACUGGUAUCCAAAAACAUGGAGUAAAACAAAAUACCUUUGGAAAGGAACAUUGUGAUGAAGCAGAGCCGC